UUUAUUUUCAAGAUCUUGAUCUCUACGCCCAAGGUGGGGCUGGAACUCACGACCCUGAGAUCAAGAGCCCCACCCUUCCCGGACUGAGCCCGCCCGGAGCCCAAAGAAGGAAAAGGUUUGACGUGUUUAACUCCACGAGGCCUGCCCGCUGGAGUUUCUCCUCCCCCCUGCUCUGCAGCCCAGCUCAGGGGCCGACAGAGGAGAGGGCACCAUGGCGCAGAACUUGUAUGGUCCUCGAGUGCGGAUGGGCAACUGGAACGAGGACAUCUACCUGGAGGAGGAGCUCAUGAAGGACUUCUUGGAGAAGAGAGCUAAAGGACAGCUUCUCAUACAGAGAAACAGGAGACUCAAAGAGAAUCUCUUGAGACCGAUGCAGCUUUCCGUUUCGGAGGAUGGGUACGUUCACUGUGGUGACAUGGUGAUGCUCGUGAACCCCGCCCACACGGAGGUGGAGGCCCACCUGUUUCUGGGCGGGGAACUGAGCCUGUGCACGACUCCCGAUGAAAUUAAAGCGCAUCUGAGCGACGAGUUAGAGGUGCCGUGUGGCCUGAGCGCAGCUCAAACCAGGAUCCCGGUUGGCAGAAACACUUUCACCAUUUUGAGGGCCGACGGAAACGCCACGGGUCAGGUCCUCAGGUACGGACAGGACUUCUGCCUCGCGACCACGGGAGGGUUUGAAGACAAAAUGCUGUAUUUAUCCAGUGACCACAGGACCCUCCAGAAGUCGUCCAAGAGAUCUCUGCUCCAGGAGGCGUACCUGACGGAUGAGGUCUCCUACCUGAGCUGCUGGCAGGCCGCCUUCCUGGACCCCCAGCUGCGCCUGGAAUACGAAGGCGCCCCCGUUCCGGCAAAUGCAAAGAUCCUCAUCUAUCACUGCCGCACGAAUCGGGGGCUAGCAGUCCACAGGCAUCUUUUCUUGAGUACCUAUUUCGGGAAGGAAGCUGAGGUGGCCGUCCACACGCAUCUGGAUUCACACAGAGUCGAAAAGCCGAGCAACCAUUGGAUGUUGGUGACCGGGAAUCCCAGGAAAGACUCGUCCGCCAUGUUGGACCUGCCCAAGCCACCGGCUGAGGCUCCCCCAGCCCUGGAGCAGGCCACGGACCCCGGGGCGCAGUGACUCCAGGCGCGCUCUGGAAAAACGUAGCUUUGCUGGAAAUCGAUGAUCUUGGCCGUGCCCCAAGCCAUUUUUCAGUAAGGCGUACAAGUCCCUGAACACUCUAUUAAAACAAAGGCUGUGUGAAGAUUCUUGAAUUAGUGGUGGGGGUCUGGGCCACAGAAAGAAACUGGCUCUGGGGAGAUGGCUCCUAGGUGGCAUUUGAAGGUGACGGAUGAUACUCUUUGUUGAUCACUAGUUCCUGAAGAACUGUAGAUCCCAUGUAGCGGCAGCUUCUACGAGGACAGCGUGUUCCCUUUGAAAGCUACGUGUGUGCGAUAAAGCUAUCAGAACCACACGGGAUCUUUGUCACCCGCCCCCCCACCCCCAACACCGGCCCCACCAAACAACGUACUAAGAAAUCAACAGUGUGGAGCUGUGAGCCGUGGCCUUACCUUGGAAACGAAUGCUUUCCCCCUUGUAUUUUUAUUUCUACCUCUGACUCGGGGGCGGGGUGGUCAGGACCUCUACCUGCCUGGUCACGCCGUGGUGUCAUGAUUUUCAAACCGCAGAACCCCUUUACUCUUUGAAACGGGCACUUUAGUCAUGGCGCCCGCGCGAUCAGCAAGUUCCUGAUGAAAUAAACGUGUUGCCUUCUG